AUGUCCAUUGCUCUGCGUCUCUCGCGCCCUUUAUCACGGGCCACGGCUCGGCCCAUCAGUUCCAUCACUGCCAUCACGGGACAGAAGUCAAUUGGCUCAGUCAGUGCGAUUGAUUCGGGCAUUUUCCGUACAUUAUUUGGAACCGAUGAGAUUCGCAAGGUCUUCGAUGAUGAAGCAUACAUCCGCCGCUGCGUGGAUGCCGAAGCCGCAUUGGCUCGAGCACAAUCCAAAUGCGACGUGAUCCCUUCUGAAGUUGGAGCUUUGGUAACGCAACGAAUACAAGAAUCAACCUUGGAUUUUGAGCGGCUGCGUCACGAAACUGAAAUCGUCGGCUACCCGAUUCUCCCGCUCGUCCGUCAGCUGUCGGAUAUAUGUGGUGAAGAAGUCAGCAAAUAUGUGCACUGGGGUGCUGCGACGCAGGAUAUCAUGGAUCUAGCCAGUAUUUUACAAAUGAAAGAGGGACUGGAUAUCAUUGAGAAAAUUCUCAAGGAUGUCAUCAAGUCUCUGCGCAAACUGUCUGAAAAGUACAAGGACACUCCAAUGGCCGGACGAACACACUUGCAGCAUGCACUGCCGGUAACCUUUGGAUACAAGUGCGCCGUGUGGCUAUCUGGGUUCCAGCGACAUCUGGAGCGAUUGGAGCAGCUCCGAGACCGAACUUUGAUGGUACAGUUUGGUGGCGCAGCAGGUUCACUUGCAUCCCUGGGAAAUAGCGAUGAUGGCCUCCGGGUGCGUAGGGUAUUGGCAAAAGAGCUUGGUCUGACCGAUCCUUCGAUUACCUGGCACGUCGCACGCGAUGGUAUAGCCGAGAUUACCAAUUUCCUCGCAUUAAUGGGUGGUUCAAUGGGGAAGCUAGCGCUGGACAUUAUUAUCAUGUCUUCGAAUGAGCUGAGUGAAGUGGCUGAGCCUUUCGUGCCUCACCGAGGAGCAUCAUCGACCAUGCCUCAAAAGCGCAACCCCAUAUCCAGUGAGGUCAUCUUGGCCGCGUCUAAGAUUCUCCGGUCCAACGCGGGUCUUGUUCUUGAUGGGAUGGUAGCUGACUUUGAACGGGCCUCGGGUCCCUGGCACUUGGAGUGGGUAGCUGUGCCAGAGAGCUUUGUUAUCGCUGUUGGAGCUUUAUCUCAAACUCAUUUUGCACUUUCAGGCCUUUCUGUCAAUAGCAAGCAGAUGCUGGAAAAUCUUCACUCCACGAAAGGAUUGAUUGUCGCCGAGGCUGUUAUGAUGGGCAUGGCACCAUAUGUGGGCCGUCAGCGAGCACAUGAUAUUGUGUACGAAGCCUGCCGGGAAAGUCUUGAGAAAGAACGGACUCUGCUUGAGUCUCUACUAGAGAAGGAGGAGGUUACAAAGAAGAUGAACCAGAAGCGUCUAAGUGAACUUUGUGACCCAGUGAAUUACUUGGGCGCUGCAUCGCGGAUGGUGGAUGAUGUCCUGGCGGUUCAAUAA